UCGUUCUUGUUAUUGGACCAUCUGCUGUGUAUUGACUAUCGAGUGAGUAUCCCAUUCCGCGAUUCCUCCUGGCUAUUGCCUACUCAUUCUCUAUUGUUCUGCCCUCACUCGGUCACGUUUAGCGUGGUCGCUCAUCGAAAGUGUUUUUUUGACCAUUAGCGUUCUAUUAAACAGUCGUUUUUUUACCAUCGUCGCCGUACGUUUGCUGCGCGACGAGACGGAUCGUCUGCACAUAGACUACACACUGUGCGUGCGGUUUAAACCCGCAUAAUCUUGGCAACAGAUUCAUGAAUCGCUGGCUAAAUGAACCUCUCAAAUUCUGAUCUGAACGAGCGCUUGUACUUUAUCAACUUUAACCAAGACAGCACAUAAAAAUGGAAGUUGAACUGGAUCAAGAUUUGCUGUAUACUGCUCUUCAAUUUCAUGGGCCAAAAUUACAAGAAGCACUAAGAAGUGAAUUAGGUGAUGUUGGAGAAUUUACUGGACUUUCUAACCUAAGUUUCCCAGCUUAUGCAAAUGGACAUAGUAUCUCUAAUGAUUUAGAUAACGAAAAACAGUUGAAACUUCAUAAGUUUAUUGCAAAUAAUUCUAAGGCAUUUUUUAGUGUUGAUUUGCUGGCUAACAAUAAACAAAAACAAUGUGAAGACUUUGAAAUAAACUCAUUUACUGUAAUGCCACCGUAUGAAGUGUUCGGAUAUAUCAAUAAAGAGAUAAAGUUAAAACAUUUCUUAAAUGAACUCUCUGAAGGUGAAAUCAUAAUUACUUCAAUAUCUUCAAAAAAUAUCUCUGGAUUAAUUUUAAAGGUAUUAUGCACUUAUACUGAACCUAUAAGGUGUGUUUCUGAUAUUAAUGUCCGUGGUUUUUGUCAAGCAUCUAUUCCUGGUCUUAGUAUUGGGGACAACUUGUGCUGUGAAGUAUUAGAGGUAGUACCUGAAGCUUGUAAAUUAGUUUGUGGAAUAAAAGGAGUUAAAUGCCACAAGAAGUAUAAAGACUUACUUGGCUUAUUUAACAUGGACAAUUGCCCUCAAACAUUUAAAUUGUUUCAUGCUGGUAAAAAUGAUGAUUCAUAUGACUCAAUGUUACAAAACUCUACAGGAUUUAAAAAUCCAUCAAAUAUUUGUAACCUAGAGUUAAUAACAGGUUUAUCUGAUGAUAGAUAUUCAAUUAUACCUUCUUUGUCAGGGAGCUUCCCAGAAAAAGAAAUUGCAUUAGAACUUCGUAAAGUUCAGUCUGCUCAAUGGGCUAUUCAAAGUGUUUCCGAUGGAAUUAAAUAUUUUAAAGCUGGACAACACUCUGAAGCAUUUUUAUGCUUAAAUAAGGCAUUGACUAUAGAUUCUUUAAAUGUUGAAGCUUAUGUAGCUAGAGGUGCUUUAUAUGCCAAUCUAAGUCGUUUUCAAAAAGCAAUUGAAGAUCUCAAAUCUGCCUUAAAAAUUAAUCCAAAACAUGUAAAUGGUCGUAAGUAUCUUGGUGAAACUCUAAUGGGGUAUGCUAGAACUUUAGAGUCACAAAAUAAGUUAGAAGAAGCAUUACAAUAUUAUGAAGAAUGCUUACACGUAAUACCUGAUCAUGACGAAGCAAAAGCGUCUAUUGAAUAUCUUAAGUCAACUCUAUUAGUUGGAAGAGCAAUGCCUAUAAAUGCACAUGACAAUUUGUCAAAAAAGAAAAUUGAUACUGAUUUAGAAAAAUCAGCAAGUAGUAGUAGCAGUUCUAAUCAUAGCAAUAGCAGUUCAAGUGAUAGUUCAAGUUCAGGAAGUUCUUCAGAUGAAGAAAGUAAUAGUUCCUCUGAUAGUGAUUCUGAUCACUCAUCUUCUUCUGAUAGUUCAAGUGAUGGUUCAUCUGGCAAUGAUUCACAAAAAUUAGAAAAAGAAAGAUCUUUAUCACCAUUUAGUAAGCGCUUGGCAAUGAUGGAUGGAAGUAAUACAAAUGGAGGUGGAUUACCUUGUAAUCCGUCAUUCGUUGCAGCGGAAAAUUCUCAAUCUCAGCAAUUGAGUACAGAAAAAGAAAGUGAUAUUGAAGAAAGAAUCCAAAAGUUAAUACUCUUAAGUCAAUCAAACAAAAUUAAGAAAAAUAAGCAAAUUGGAAUUAAUAUUCAAAAAUUAUUACAAGAUGCUUAUGCCUUGAAAAAUGAAGAAAAAAAGACAGAUAGAAAAAUCAAAAAAUCUAAAGAUAAAAAGAAGUCUCAUAAACACAAGAAAAAAGAUUCUAAAGGUAAGCAGAAAAGUGCUAAGGAUCAUCAGGAACAUCAUCAUAAAAAAAAUAAAUCAAAAAAACACAAAUUCACUGAGCAAUCAUUUGAUAAUGAACAGCAAGUUAUCCAAAAAUCCAGUCUCCCCGAUCCAGAGAGUGUUAAAUCAAAUUUAUCAAAUUUAAAAGAAAACAUAUUCUUUAAAAAGUAUGUAAAACAAGAUAAACCAUCCAAUGAUCAAAAUGUUAUUGAUAAGGAUAAUGAACAAUCGGAUAUGUUUAAAGCAAAUGAAAUUGUAGAAAUGCCAAAUACUUACAAAUAUGAUGAAGAUCCAUCAUUGAUUCCAACACCUAAGUUUAAAAUGCAAUUACCUACUACAACUACCACUUUUGUUAAGGUCAAGAAAAAGGAGACAACUGAUAGUCUACCAUACAAUUGGGACAACAACCGUUUGCUGUCUACUAAUCACGAGUUAAUGAGAACACAGUCAUCCAAUAAUAAUGAUACUAAUAAUGCAGAGCAUACAUUUCCUACUUUGUAUGAUACAAACAACAAAGGAUAUUUUAAUCUACCUCCGUCAACUCAUCCAGUUUCUGAAAAUAAUAUUAAUAAUCUGGAGUUUCAACAAAAGCAAUCUUAUCUAAGUCCUAAUAACAAGCAAAGAUCGCGUAGCCGAUCAGUAUCUAAGAGGCGCAUUAAUUAUUCAAGAAGUAGAAGUUCUGGAGGUCGUUCAAGUCAGUCACCAUUUAAAAAGAAACCCAAAGAGACAUCUAAGUCAAAAACUAGGAGUCGUUCAGGAUCAUAUCCUCGGCAUAGACGUUAUUCGUCUUCACGUUCAAAUCGUUCUCGUUCAUCUUCACGUUCAUACUCUCGUUCGCGUUCACGUUCUCGUUCCAUGCAUCAUCGUAAUCGCAUGCCAUAUUACAACAAUCGCAACCGUGGUACAUACUAUAAACCACGUUUUCAAAACCAAAAUCAUCAUAAUCGCGGUUUCCAGAAUCGUGGUUUCCAACAUCGUGGAGGAUAUGCUCACAGACAAAAUUAUAACAACUAUAAUAAUAACUGGAAUAAUAGAGGUCAAAGAGGUGGUGGAAGGCAACGAUUCUUCCAUUACAGACCUAGACAAUACGAUAGAAAUCGACACUAUGAAAGGCGCAGUUACUCUGGUUCACCAAAUCGUCGUAGCCGUAGCCGUAGUAAGAGUCGUAGUGGAUCUAAAAAUUCGUCUAAAGAAUAUAGAAAACGUUAUUCUGGUAGUGGUGAAGAUCAACAACAUAUUGCUAAUAACAAACCCAAAACUCCACCAGAACCAACUACUGAAACCAAUAAAUGGCAACUUGAUAGCAAUGAUAAUGGUAAUAGAAAUUCACAAGAUCACGAUGAAGGAUCCAUUGAAUAAAAUACAAAGCUGACAAUUUAAUGAUGUUUGAUGGUUUACUUAUUUUACACAGACAUUCGCAUAGACAUAUUUUUAUUUGUUUUAAAUUAUAAAUUUUUUUUUUAAUAUUUUCACUAUGAAUUAAAUAACCACUUAUAAAAACCUUAUUUCAAACUAAGAUUUUUGUAAUUGAAUACUACAAUUUUAGAUUUCUUAUUUGCAUAAUAUAUAAGUUAAUUUUGGGCUUUUAUAUUAGUUUGCUUUCAUAUCAACUCAUAUUAUUAUAAAUUAAUAAUUUUAAUUAUACAUACAUUUUAGUAGACAUUUUUAAUUUGUAUAAGAACAUCAGUGUUUAAACUUUAAAAUGUAUUUUAUUAAUUCAUAUAAAAAAGACAGACUGUAUUUCAUAUAUUUAAUAAAAAAGAUUAGAGUUUAGUUAAAAAAUGUUUUCUCUUAUUUGUUCAGAGAACACAUUCUGUACCAUCCUAUAUAUUAUUUAUUUUAAUUAUCAUUUUAAUCAAGUUAUUAAAAUAAAUAUAAAUAUAAUUAAAAUAAUUAUUGAAAUUAAUGAAUUACAGUACAAAAUUAAUAAAAUUAAUGUUAGUUAUUAUUAGCAUUAUAUCUUUAGUUUUUGUGUUGUUUGUACGGGGUAUUUUAUCUUUGUAUAAAACUAUUUUUAAUAAUAUAAAAACUUUUUAAAAUAAUUAAUUUUCUGUUUGUACCUUUACUUUAUCCACCUUAAUAGUUGAAACAUAAUUGAACAUAAAUCAUUAUCAAUUGUGUUUUUUUUUUUUAUCUAAAGUUACUGUUUUUUUUGUAAAUAUUACAAUGAAUUAAAAAAUACAAGUUGAAAUAUUCAUGAUUAAUUACAAUUUACUCGACUUGUAUUUCAUGAAUGGUAUUAUUUUUUUGUAAAGAUUGUGAUAUGAAUAUUUACAAAAUGAAUAGUGUCAUAAAUUCAUAUCUUGUAGGUAAUAUACUAAUAUGUAUCAAAGUAAAUAUUUAUUAAUGAUUAUUAUGUAUAUAUAGUUCAACUGCUUUUAGUAGCCAAUUUUUUUAGAGCUCUGAGAUAAACUAAAUUGUGUGUGUCCCAUGCCAUUUAUACUUAGUGCUCAACAACAUUAUUUUUAAAAUUUUGUUUUUAUUAUAAUUAUUUAUCAUUUAUUAGUUAUAAUAUUUUUAGUCCAACAAACCCACUAAGAUUAACAGAUAAUUCAAAUUUAGCAUUCAAGGGGUGUAGUCUCUGCUAUCAUGGUAGCUAUGCCACUAGUAUUGCUAAUAUUUUACCUUUAUCGUUAAACUAUACUAUAACUAAUACUGUAAUUCGGUACAUUACUUACGAGAAAAAAAUUACUAUGUUUUAUAUUUUUAUAAAGAAUUUUUUAUAAGUGGUACUUGAAGUACUUCUCUAUGUUGUUACUUAUUAGUUAUUUGUAUUAUUACUUAUUACUGAUAAACCUUCUAUGGUUCAUAAUCUAUGAGUACCUAUUAUUAAUUUAAUAUAGAAGGCAGAAUCUCAUGUUUUAAGGAAUACGGAGUAUUAUUUAAAUGGGUUGCACUGAAACAUUAAAUAAAAUUAAUAAUAAUUAAAAUGAAUAAAUUAGUUCUUGUUUGUAAAAUGAUUUUGUAAUAUAAUUUAUUGAAACGCCCUAACCAAUUAAUGUAUGUUUACAGUGACAAAUUUGUUUGAACAACUUUUUUAGAGGAUUGGUAAAUUAAAUAAAGUUAAAACUGCAUUCCAUUGUUAUUUAUAUUUCAUAUGCUUAAUAAUCAACAGAGGUAAACAAUGACUGAUUGCAUAUUAUAUUUAUUUGAUAAUAGGUAUUGAGUUAAUUGAGGCCUCAAUAAGAAAAAAGAUUUUCUAGUUGUAUUUUUAUUUUUAUAUUAAAUAUAUUUCAUAAUAAGUAUUCAAUUUAAAUAAUUUUCUUAGCUUUUGUUGAAGCAAACUUUUGUAUCAUCUCGUAUAUAUUUCUCAUUAUAGUAAUAGUAUUAAAUUUCCAGACAGAAAUUGGGAAUAUCAAGUGUUAUAUUAUUAUUCUUUUUCAUAUUAAGAAUUAAAAUAUUACAAAUUAGUGGCCCCUAACAUCUCAAGUCUUAUGUCCCCUUCUCUUUAUUAGUGCUUGAUUAUUGGUACAAAAGUAUAAAUUGUGUAACCGAUUAUUGAGGCAAUAAUAAUAACUACUGUACAUCGACGAUACUGAAACAUUUUAAAUUUUAACUGGUCAUAUAAAUUUUCUAUUAAAAUUAUAUAUUUAUAGUAUAGUAUAGUAUUAUAGUUUGGUCUUGUGAAGUAUUAUAAUAAUAAAUUAUAAACAUAUUACAUUAUUGUAUUUAACUACCUAUAUUUUAAAAAAAAUUGACCGUGAAAAUUAGUGUUACCAGAUCGCACACCUCGCGUGUAACAUUACAACAAUUUAUGAUAUAAUAUUAUAUACACACUAUUACACUAAUGUGCAAAGUAUGUACUAUGUAUUAUGAAACAAAUGGACAACGGUGGAGCGUGUGCGUUUUGCUCGAGAAUUAUACCGCGACGGCACGGCGCGAUAAUAACAUAAUAUGUAGUUAUAACUAUAUUAUAUGUAAUGCGACGGACAAGCAGCAGCUGUUCGCCCAUUUUUAAACGUCAAGGCGGUCCGGUCCCGUCGAGCGGCGGCGGCGACGCGUUCAAAAUAAAUUACACGUUCCACGUUCGUUUACGUGUCUUAACCAGGUCAUGGUUGGAGGUCAAGUUUCGCGCCAAUGCAUCGCCGGGCGAAAGUGAUUCUCCGCGCCGGCACAAUAACAGUAAUAAUAAUAUGACAACGACAAAACGCAUCACCCAAAGCCCCCACCAUUGGCUCCGACCCGCGGUGUUGUCGGCCGUUCCUUCGAUAUUCCAACAUUCAGGCGAAUUGCGUUUUUUUUUUUCGUCAGAACGAAAAAAAUCGGCCAAACAAACACUGUCGUGCCGAUAGGUGUAUUUUCGUGAUAUCGCGUUACAAUCGCGGUUGCCGUACACCGAACGCUCUCGUCUCGCUCGCGGUUCGGUUAUCCGUCCCCCGCCCACCAGCACUGCCGCCGCCGGAUAUCUCUACGUGGCGCGAUUCCGCGCUCGAACUUCGGUCCGCUGCUGGAACACGACGGCGGUGUCCACUGUAUCGCUGCUCUGCGUUGUCGCGUUGCGGCGGUGAUUCGAAAUCCCAUCGCUGGACGAACGACGACAAAAACUAAUACCAUAUUAAUCAUAUCGUACAACUGAUAUUAUAACGUUGAAAAUAAUUCACAACGUGUUAUAGAGACCUCGGUGUGAUGUGUAUAAAUUACUAAUUAGUUAUCUCACGACGCGUAAUUUUCAUUACACGUCAACAACGAUCUCUUGCUGUUGGUACAAAGACUGGAUAUCGUUUGUAUUCAUUGUCUUCCGUUGAUAAUUUAGACCAAAUAUAUGAAAAUGAAUCUGAAGACAUCUGUAUUGUGGAGAGGCUAUUCAGCAGUAGCUUGGUUGCAGUGGUCAGCUUGUCGUCGCCACGUAAGUUAAGAGUGUGCCAUUUUAAAAAAGGAAAUGAAAUAU